AUGGCAUCGCCUUACCCUGGUCCCCCUGCAGACUACAACAUGGGAGUCUACCAAGUUCAGCCUGGCAUCCAACCCGCGAACCAGGUGGUGGUGGUGCAGCAGCAGCCACCAUCUGAUGUUCCUGGACAGAUGCAGUGUCCUUACUGCCAAACCAAUGUUGUCACUAAAGUAGAGCAUAAAAAUGGUACGCUCACCUGGCUGAUCUGUGGUGUAUUAGGAGUCUUAAUGAUCUGGCCUUGCUGUUUGAUCCCCUUCUGUGUGAAUGCUUGCAAAGAUGUGGAGCAUUCGUGCCCCACCUGUAACAGGGUCCUGCAUAUCCACAAACGCAUGUGAAGCAGCACUGCAGUGCAAACUCUACUGAAGUAACAACAAAAGGUAGAGAAGUCAACCACGACUAAAUAAAGAUUUGUACAGGAGCCAACCUCUCUAUGCAAAUACAUCAGUUGUCAUCAUAGAUCAUGUGCUCCUUUGCGUAACUUACUUAAUUAGUCAUUUCAAUAAAAAUUUGCAAAUUUGUUGAAUUAAAAUGUGCAAUCAUGUUGUAAAAAAUGUAAUGGGAAAAAUGUAAUCUUUUCUUAACUUGACCUGAGCAAUGUUGUAUCAGUAUAAUAGGUUUUCUUUUAUUUACAUGUGUUUUGUUAAAAGGGAAACAUGGGUAGUUUUCAGCCUGGACACUAUUUUCCUGAAGCUGGCAGCUGUUAAAUGUACAUCCACUGACAGGCUCAGAUUGUUCUGACAA